AUGUGGCCACAGAGUGCAUCCAACAACAGUAAAGCCCUAGAGGGUCUGCAUGGGGUGCACGUGGUACCUCAUUCACCUUUUGCACAUCACGAGAUUGAUCAAAAUGGGGAGUUCGAUUCUACUUGUGAAAGUUCCACCUUAGGAGCGAGCCAACUUCUGUUAAUGCAACGAGUAUGGCAGCAAAGACCAGCAUGUUUGAGGCCUGUUCACUGUUGUAUUCAAGGUGAUCAGAAUCUUUUAGAAAGAUUUGCCAAUGUACUAACAUCACUACCAUUUAUUGCUCUUGGAAUUCAGGCCCCAAGGAAGAAUCUGAAUACUAAAAUGUACGCAAAUUCAUUAAUUGGAGUUGGGUUAGCUUCAAGUAUGUAUCACUCCUCAAGGGGAAGACUGAGGAGGUAUUUGAGAUGGGCUGACUAUACAAUGAUUGCCACAGCAACAGUGUGUCUCUCAAGGGCCCUCAGAGAUGAAAACCCAAAGAUGCUUAUGGCAGCAUCUGCAUUGUUACUACCUAUCCAACCUCUGAUGGUUUCAGCCGUCCACACUGGAAUGAUGGAGGUUGCAUUUGCAAAAAGAGCAUUGAAAGAUCCAAACUUGAGGAUGACGCACAACGUGCAUAAGCUAUCAUCAUUGCUGGGUGGUGUUUUUUUCAUUGCAGAUGAUGUCUUUCCUCAGACUCCCUUCCUUCAUGCUGCUUGGCAUCUUGCUGCAGCUGUUGGUGUAGGAACUUGUAACAAGCUUCUGGAGUAAUGUAUAUAUCUCGCAUCAAUCCCUCAUUAUUCAUUUUUUUUUGGCGGAGAAAUUAGAGCUGCAGCUUAUGUGUAAAGACCAACAUGGCUGUGGUUUCCUCGCAUGCUACUGGAAUCGCUUAAAGUAGAAAGGAGCAGGAGCUGUUAUCGUGCAGCCUUCGACGUACCGUUGAACAUUUCAACCAUUGUUCAGCUUUCGGGGAUGUUAUUCUCUUUUCAGUGUAGAACUUACGUAGCUAUUAUAUGUUCACCAGCAUAAACCAAGAACUUGGUAGUUUCUGUAGACAACAGAAUUUUAAGUUAAUGAACAAUAAAAAGAGAAGCAAUACUUCUCUGAAGAAUAAAGGGGUGACAAUAUAUUCCCAUAAAUAAUAAUUACUUACACGAGAGAUUUAUGAGGCAACGAUACAUACACCGCAAAGCAGUACCCUGAGAUGACCUCAGAAAAAUGAGAAGGUUUGGUGAGUAUUUAUCUUCUUUGUAUCAUAAAUAGUUUCUGCAGAAAAAGACCUCGCAUUCAUUUAAUUGAGCAAGUACAAUCUAUUCAAAACUGUAAGACAAUAAUGACUUCUGUGAUAGUUGAUAGAGACAGACACAGGUGCUCUUUGAAUUCAUGUAUUCUUCAAUUGUUCAGUUCAUAAUGAAUUAUGAUGUCCUAUAACAAGACCAAUCCUAUUUAGA